UUUGUCUGCAGUGGGCACUUGGCAAAUUUCACGAGUAAAAAUGUUUGCAUAUUGUCUUAUUUUACCGAAGUCAUUUUGCAUUUCUAUACGAUUAAGCCAUUUCUCAAAAAUCAGUAAGGUAUUUCGCCUUUCUUUAUCAAAAUAUCAAUAGACACAACGUAUCUACCUACGUACGUAUUAUAAAAGGUAAGGCGCAGGGGAAAUUUAGUCCUAGCAACCCAGCCUUACCAAGAUAACCGGUUUCAAAACUAAGCGAACUGAGGAAGGUUAUGUUUAUCUUCAUCAACCGUCUACCUUUGUUUUGAUUUCUGUGACUAUGUUCUCUGACGAGUCUGAAGAAGAGUCGGCCGAGGAGAUUGACGUUUAUAGGAAAAAAUAUCAACUUAUAAUAGAACGGUGCGAGGUCAUGCAGCAGGACAAUGAAAGAUUAGUAAAUAGAAUUCAUCAGGUCAAAAAAAUUCUGAAAAGGCGAAGGAAAGAAAGAAGAUUUCUAAUGAACAGGUUGGAUAUGCAUUGUGAUAACUGGAGAAAUAUUCCAUUACCUCUAAAUUUAGAAGAUCCGUUAUCUGAAGGUUCUUGUAUGAAGUCUGCACUUGGCAAGAACUCAAAGUGUCCUUUAAAUGAAAAGGGCAAAAAAGGCAGCAUAAAGCGGGUGAAAACAAAAAUUGUUGAUAAAAAUGCUCCUAAAAGGCCAGCCAAUCCAUAUUUUCAAUUCUGCCAGGAGCAGAGGAACUCAACGAUAGAGGAAAUGACCAGCAUAGGUCAGCCUGAGCCCUCUAAAGUUGAAGUGACAAAGCACUUAGCCAACAAGUGGAAUAUGCUCACCCAAGAUGACAAAAAGAUCUACUAUGAUAUGUACGAAAAAUCGAAGGAGCGCUAUGCAGCAGAUAUGGAACUUUAUGCUUUGUCAAAAUCAAGCAACACUGCACAGAACAGUUAAUUUAACUUGUUUUAUGACUAUUGUGACAAUCUCUUUGUAAACAUGAUUACAUUCAUGUUCUAACAUUCAA